GUACCCAGCCUAUGGACAUUACGCACCGUACGCAUCGACUGCUCCUGCUUUUUUCAACAGCUUUCAGGCUCCCACAGGUCUGAACAGCACUCCUUCUCACUGCCGGGACUUUAUGGACACUCCCAGGGGUCCCGAGGGGAUGUCUGGGGGCCCAGGCAAUGGAGGAUCAGCUUCCUCCUCAUCUUCGUCCAGCUCUGCUUCAUCCUACACGCCUGCGGCUUCAAGGCCAGAGGAGGGGAGCAAGGAGAAGCAGGAGGGCUCCGAGGCAGAGUACCUGACUUCCCGCUGCGUCCUCUUCACCUAUUACCAGGGGGACAUCAGCACCGUGGUGGACGAACACUUCUCCAGGGCCCUGAGCUCCUACAUGGAUGGCGAGGGCAAGCGGAGGGUGCCAGACCAACAGGGCACAGGGCUGUGUGACAGUAUGAUCCAAUGGGGAAGAUAUCUGGGCCAGAGGGUGUUGCAGUCAUAUACCCCUUCACCCAGCAGCCGACGAAGCUUCCCCCCAUCCUUCUGGGACAGUAACUACUCAUCGCCACAGAGCCGCUCCCACUGUGAGACGGGAGUGCCCUCCUAUUCCAUGGACCCAUAUGCAUCAGGGCUCCACCCGGGCCUGCCUCAUCCGCACGCUCAUCCUCACCCGCACGCUCACCCUCACCCUCACCCUCACUCCCAUCCUCACCCUCCAGAGAGCUGGGGAUACCCCCAAGCGCAGGCCUACGGGCCACCAAGGCCUCUCCACGAACUUUAUGCACCUGCGGCUUUGGAGCCUCACUACGGGCCCCUACUGAUGCCCACCGUGAGGCCACCUCACCUCCCGGCCUUGCCGAGCCACUAUGAAGUGAGCAAGCUGGAACCCGCCGCCUCCUGGCCAAGCCUGCUUCCCCCGGGAGACGUCAGCCAGACGCUGGCACUCAACAUGGACGCAGGCCUCCAGCAGCACAAGAAAGGCAAGGAGCUGUACUGGUUCUAACGAGCCCUUCAGUCACAUUGACCAGCCAUUACCAGAUCCAAUUAGUCCCUGGACCUGCUCCGCUAUUGAAGCAGCGUGUCCCUUUAUCCCCACCGAACACACACACACACACACACACACACACACACACACACACACACUGCUUCCCCGUCCAUCCACCCCCUUCUCUCUGCUCCUGGCCUCCCCUGCCAGUACACAGCCUUGCUCCAGGUUGACGUGUGUGCACCAUGGAGAUAAAGCAGAGAGAGAGAGAGAGAGAGAGAGAGAGAGAGAGAGAGAGAGGGAGAGUGUCACCAUCCACAAUCUGUCCCGUUGCUUCCUCUUGAUCGUCUCUCUACAGCUUCGCUCUCUCCUGCCGCUGCCGGUGUGGCACAGACCUUGGCGAGGUGCGAUCCACGGUGACCUGUUUGGACUGAGAAAGACAGGAUCACAACAGACUUUUAACAGAGGACAGAGAGAAAUGGGGAUGAAUGAAGGGACUAGGGGAUAAAUAGCAGGGAGCAGGGAUUCCCUCCAACGUCCCUGGUUAUCUCUGCCUCAUGCUCUUUUGUUGGUACAGUGGUCGUCAUCAUCCACUUAUCUGCAUUUGACAAAUGCAACAUGCAGUGAUAAACAGGGGAGGCAAUUAUGGCGGUUUGCGCUUUGUGACUGUCAUCAUAAUGCCUAUUUUUGGGGGGGUUGUUAUUAUAUAUUUUUGCUGUCUGAAAUAAAGUGUUUCUAUUUAUUGGUGUUUAUGUGCAUUUCUAAAAUGUUUGUUUCGGCCAGUGUUCUGAAAUGAUUGUGGUUCAGUUUAUUAUGUUUUCUAAAGACAGAGGUGAGGAGCAUCCUGUGUCGUCGAUGGAGUUUCUCAUUUAUCUAUGAAGGAAUCUUUAUUGUAAAAUAAAGAUUUCUUUAAUUCUCAAAAACAUAUCAGAAAUUUGGUUCAGUUAAACGAGGAGUUGUUUGCACUGGACACCUCACAGAUUGUGCUCUUUCAAUUUGAUGAUGUUGUUCCAUUUUAGUUCUUGAUCUCUCUGUCAUUCUUAGAUGUUUUGAAUGUGGAAUAUUGAAACAUUUCUGGGAUGUUUUUUUUGUGUGUCAUUUCUCAUUUUUUUGUGUCAAAGAGAAUUGUGAUGUCAAUAAAU